AAAAUCUGGAGAUAUCGCCCGGGCUACGCUCUAGUUCAGACCUAUUUCGCAUAACGGCAUAACACCUACUUUCUCCUCCACAGCACCCCAGACUGCCCACUUGCCCAGCCCUCUGCCCUCACUGAUUCACCGUCACCGGCCCUUAGUUCCACCACCGUCACCUUCUCACAGGUCUUCCAUCUUCACCGGCUCUGUGACUCACCUCACCGCGCGCCCACUACGACGUAGUCUACGAGAAGCUGAACUGCUGACGCUCCGCCGGACCGCAUCUCACCACUCACCAACUCCGUCGCCGUCUUACUCUACAAGGAGAAGGAGACGUUCAGCGGUUCAGAUCAUCUUAAAGAAAAGUAUUUACUUUCAAGUUGGAUAAGGGGAAGCACAUCAGCACUGCAUUUUUGGAACUGCAAUUAGCCUCUUUGGGAUUCCUGAGGAGGCCACCAUGCGUCGUCAGUUUGGACAAUUAUUUAUCAUUUGUCGGGGAGUUAUUCAACAAGAUUUCAAAUGUAAGUUAGGGGCAGUAGUACCCCAGUAUCAAUUUCUAAAUUCUAGUCAUAUUUUCCCUCCAUGUUUUUCCUCCAACCUGGUCAAGUUCCGUAAUUUCAACCUUGAAGAAGACCCAGUAUACAAUCAAGAAAUAGAGCUCCAUGAAGUACAUAAAAUUUUUGAAGAGCAACCAGUGCACAUUGAUAACGCUGGUCUCAGGGUUCAUAAUUUGCUAAAAGAAUUCUCAAAUAGCUUAAAUGAAGAUCUUAUUCAAGCUCUUGAUAAUUGUGGACUAUCUCUAAGUGAGGAUUUGGUGCUUGAUGUGCUUAGACGAUUUCUCUCAGAUUGGAAAUCCGCAUUUCAGUUCUUCAGAUGGGUGUCUAAUAAUCCAAGUGGGUAUUUUCCAGGAUCAAGGGCUUACAAUGAAAUGCUUGGAAUAUUGGGCAAGGCUAAGCGGUUUCAGGAACUCAAUCAAAUGUUCGAUGAAAUGUCCGAGAGAGGAACCAUGAAUGAAAGGUCAUAUGGGAUUAUUGUUCAUAGGUAUGCUGCUGCUCAUAAGAUAGAUGAUGCAAUUGACUUCUUCAGUAAGAGAAAGCAGUAUGGGCUUCCACUUGAUUUAAUUGCUUUCCAAACACUUUUGAUGUCUUUGUGCCGGUACAAACAUGUUGAGGCUGCUGAAUUUUUGUUCCAUUCGAAGAAAGGUGAGUUUCAGUAUGAUACCAAGACUUGGAAUAUUAUCCUUAAUGGAUGGUGUUUGCUAGGCAGUUUACGCGAAACAAAGAGAUUUUGGAACGAAAUAAUUCGGUCUAGGUGUAAACCAGACAAAAUUACUUAUGGGAUUUUCAUAAACGCACUAUGCAAGUCUGGGAAAAUUAGUACAGCGGUGAAAUUGUUACAUGGUAUGUGGGAGAAGGGUUGCACCCCAGACGUGGUAAUUUGCAACAAUAUCAUUGACGGGCUGUGUUUUAAGAAGAGGAUUCCUGAGGCCAUUAGGAUACUGAGGGAGAUGAAUGAGAAAGAUUGUGAGCCUGAUGUGGUGACUUACAACUGUCUUAUUAAGCACUUGUGUAAGAUUCAGAGGAUGGAGGUUGUCUUUCAGUUCUUGGGUGAAAUGGAGUCGAAGGGAGGAAAUGUUUCUCCAAAUUCUAGGACUUAUUGUCACUUGUUGACAUCUACGAAAAAACCAGAGGAAGUUGAGAGUUUGCUCGAAAGAAUGAAAUCAAAUGGAUGCCUGAUGACAGGAGAUUUGUAUAAUUUGCUACUGAAGUUGUAUAUGAAUUGGGGUUGUGAGAAACAAGUUCAAUCAAUUUGGGAUGAAAUGUUGAGAGACGGUAUGGGACCUGAUCAACGAUCUUACACGGUUAUGAUCCAUGGGCGGUAUGACCAAGGGAGAAUGGAAGAUGCUUUGGAUUAUGUCGAAGAAAUGAUGUCGAAGGGAAUGGUGCUAGAACCGAGAACGAAAUUGUUGGUUGAUUCCAUGAAAAUCAAGAUGAAGGAGAAAGGUACGCAAGAUACCAGCAAUACUCGCUUGUACAUGCGCAUAGGAGAGAGAAAGUGAAUUUAUCGUUCUCUCGUGGAUGAAACUGUACCAAUGCUGAACAUUUUCUUAAGUAGCGUAUGAUCUUCUUCUGAUUUAUUUAGGCGUGUCUCUUUGUGUUAAACUGGAGCUUAGGUGCCAUUGUGCCAACAGGUAUUGUUUGAGCUCCCUUCAAAUUUUGGUCCCCCAGAAAGGAUUACUCCGUACAUUUUACUCCUUAUUCUUCGUCUUCUUAUCAACCGUAAAUCUAAGUGAAAUUUGUCAAAAUCACCUUUUAAAGAGAGAUUUUGUGCGAAAUCACCUUUCAUAAAAAAUAUUGCUGGGAAAAAAUCCGACUUUGUUUUUUUCGGAUUAUGAUGUUUGACUCGAUUUUCGGCGUUGAUGGUGCACAUGGAUUUGUUAAAACAUUUUUUCGAAAAUUUGUCAGAAAUUACCUUUUAUAAGAGAGAUUUUAUGAGAAUAACAUUUUAAAAGAAACGGUUUUUUGAUAUUUACCGCCUAUUAAGUUCCAUAUUUUUGGUUUUUACCACAUUAUAAGUUGAAAUUUCACAUAUACCACCUAAAUUUUAUCAAACAUUUUACAUUAACCACCACUUAACAGAGGUCCCACUCACUAACUUCAUUGAUUUCCCUCCUUUUUCACGAUUUUAGUUUCAUUCACUUGUUCCUCAUCUUUUUCCCUGUUUCUCUGGAUGCCAAAUUCUCAAAUUCUCAAAAAAGAAAGAAAAAGAAAUCUAAGUUUCAUUGAGAUUAUACUCCCUCCGUCCCGGAAUACUUGACCUGUUUUCCUUAUCGGGCCGUCCCUUAAUACUUGACCUGUUUCUAAAAAUGGAAAUAUUCUAACAAUAUUAUAUUAUUUCUCACUCCACCCCUAUUAACCCACCUACCCCCUACUCCAUACAAAAACUAAUUAAAAAUUCAACCCCUACUCUCCCCCAACCCCACCUCUUAACCCACCUCCCACUAACUACAUUAAAAUAAUACCCCACUAUCAACUACUACCUAUUAAAUUAAAUAAGUCAAUUCAAGUCCCUUAAACUCUGUGGCGGUCAAACCGGGUCGAGUAUUCCGGGACGGAGGGAGUAUUAGUUACAGAAUCGAGCAUACUUUAUGUAAUCAUCAUCAUCAUCAGUUUGUCUAAUUAACAGGUAUGAAUUCUCAAAUGUUCUUCUUAAAUCUAGGGUUCAUAUGGAAAAUCAGGGAUUUUUUUGUUCACUUUAUUGUUGAAAUAGUUCGUAGAUAUAAUCAAGUUAAUCCAUGAUAAACUAACUGAGAUUGUUAAUCUGUCUGAUAAAAUGGUAUAGUUCUCAUUUUUUCGUCUUAUUAAAUUUAGGGUUCAUAUAGAAAUUGAAUUAGGGCUUUUCAGAUUUUCUCUUAAUUGUUGAAAUUGUUGGUAGAUAGCAUUAAUUUACACUAUGAUGAACUAACUGAAAUUGUUAAGUGUUGUUGGAUUGUUAGGAAAUGACUCCAUACUCUAAGUUAAGAGAUAAGUGUGGAUAUGAAGUUGCAAAGCUUACCUCUUGGACCAGAGAAAAUUCGGGGCGCAAAUUUGUGGCUUGCAAGUUGUAGGCGCAAUCCAGGGCUUGGUGCUUUAUAGAUUGACUAGAAAUUGUGUAAAGUAAUAUACUGAUUUUUCAUCUUUAACCAUAUGUUUUAAGGGUCUUUUAGAGGCUUUUAAAGGUUCUGUGCCAAAAACUGAAACGAGGUAUUGCGUGAGACACAUUUGGGCGUACUUUAAGCUUCGAUUCUCAAGUACCUUGUUCAAAGACCUGUUCUGGAAUGCAGCCGCAAGGGACACUACUACGGUACAUGUGUUGCUUAAUUUAUAAGCUAUUUGUCGAGUACCCAACAUGGCUAAAAUCUGAAAAGUUUAGUAUUCCAGUGCAGUUUUGUGUUGUUCAUUAUUACUUCUAACUAAUUCUGAAAAUUGCUGAUAUAUGCUAGCUAUAUAACUCAAAUAUCUUAGAUUAGUUCAGUUUAUUCUGUUGAGAAGAUUAGUUGAGUUGUUCUGAUCAGUUAAUCUGGUCAGUUAUGUUCAGUUGUUCAGUUCAGUUUAGUUAAUCUGGCCAGUUAUGUUCAGUUGUCAGUUGUUUCAGAUUAGUUCAGUUCUGACCAGUCUUGUUAAUCUGGUCUGAUGUUUUGUUGCUAUAACUAUUGAACUUCUACUGUUUCUCUGUAGUUUCCCGAGUGUCAAGUAUCCGAUACGGCAAAACUAACCUAAUUAACCUAUAUAUGCAUAAUCAACUAACCUAAGUAACUUGGUGUAAUAUACUGAUUUUUGAACUUCAACUUCUAUGCCUAGUUAGAUUUUGAUGUUGCAAUUGAGUCCAUUCGGUUUUUGAGCAAGGAAGCAUAUGAAUAUCUUGAUGACAUACCAGCCCGACAUUGGUUAAGGCAUUCAUUUACAACAAACAGCAAGUCCAAUAUGCUUUUGAAUAAUUUAUGUAACCUUUAAUGUUGUACUAGAGAUGCUAGGGGACAAGCCCAUCCUCACUCAAAUGGAACGGAUGAGGAGGUAUAUGAUGAAGAGAAACAACGAGAAAUGGACUGCAUCCAAAAAGACCCAAGAAGCAAAAUGCAUGUGGCAAGUGCGGGGAAUUGGGACAUAACAAGAGAUCGAAUUCUGUUACUGCACCUACUAUUGUUCCAAAGCGAAUAGGUUGUUGGAGAUGCCGCAGGUCCUUCUAGCCAAACAUGUAGGCAAGGCCAUCGAUCAACUGCUUCUACUUCUACAGCUCCUCCUGCUAAAAGAUGAAGCAGAAUCAUGCACAACAGCAAGAACAGCCACCUAGAGCAAAACUCCCAACUAGGAAGACAGAAUCUUAACUCUAUGUAAACAAGUGUCGUUCAAACUUAUUUUGAUCUUAUGUAACUAUGGUGUAUGACAUUUACCUCGCUAAUUUUGGGCAAGCUAACAUUCUUAACUUAUGUUGUAUCAAGCUUGUAUAUGAGUAACAAUUGGAUUCAUAUUUUAUUUCUCA